CGCAGAGGCCCUGCACCUGCUGCGGUAGUCAGCGCAGGGCUGGUCUCUGCUGCCCUCGGGCGGCGGUUUCGGGUACUGCCUCAGUGAGGUUGGCGAGGAGGACCAGUCAUCAUCAGUGUGAGGAUGAGAGACACCCAGUGAAAACGGGAGCACUAAGACCCAGGGGGAGUGGAGGACCGCAUCAAGGGACCGGAGGAGUAGGCGCUGGAGGGCGGGAGCCGUCUGGUACCUUGGUCGCCUUCGGAACAGCAUCCUCUCUAGUGACAAAAAUGGCCAGUCAGACCCAGGGUAUCCAGCAGCUCCUCCAGGCUGAGAAGCGGGCAGCGGAGAAGGUGGCCGAUGCCAGGAAGAGGAAGGCCCGGCGACUGAAGCAAGCGAAGGAGGAGGCUCAAAUGGAGGUGGAGCAAUACCGCAGGGAGCGAGAGCAGGAGUUCCAGAGCAAGCAGCAGGCGGCUAUGGGCUCUCAGGGGAAUCUGUCUGCUGAAGUGGAGCAGGCCACGAGACGUCAGGUUCAGGGCAUGCAGAGCUCCCAGCAGAGAAAUCGGGAGCGUGUCCUGGCUCAGCUUCUCGGCAUGGUCUGUGAUGUCAGGCCCCAGGUCCACCCCAACUAUCGGAUUACUGUCUAGAACCACCGCUUAGGGACACAUCCUAAGACUCCUUCUAUCAGAUCCUUCCACAAAGAAAUAUCCCUACUCAAAACCACUUGUGUAGCAUGCACAGAGCCCUGGGUUCAAUCCAGAAUACCAUUCCCCUACCGCCAAUCACUUCGCAUAAUAACCUUUUCCUGGAGGGGAGGGUUCUACGUGACAGGAUCCAAUAUUCUUCCAUGAGACUUACAAAUAGCCUGUUGAAACCCGAAUCUCUAUGUUCCAUGACAUAUAUAAUUCUAUGGAAUUAUACUAAUGAAUGUCCAAGUCAUCCCUCUAAGAAAUGUAUGUCCCAGUGACAGGGUAUGAAAAGCACCUGACUUCAGAGCUGGCCGACUUCUGGUCCUCUCCCAUCCCUGUUCCUUGCUCCUCUCUCUUCUGUUUUCUCAAAGCUUGCUGCUUCUGGGAGCGGAAGAGAUCUGUGACAUCCACAUGCAUGCAUUUCUUUCUGUGCCUUCAGCACCUUGCCUCCCUGUGUAAUGUGGAGUGUCAAUAAAAUACCGGUGGAUGGGUCAUUUGUCGGUGAAAG